CACCAACCCUCCUUCACCUGGACCCCAGCAGCCCGACAAGGCCUUCCAGUACCCUCAAGGUAAGGUUUCGCCUCCGGCUCCCAUCCUCCAGAUGCCUGACGUGGACCGGCAAUUCAUUAGGGACUGUAGGGUACGGCAGGCGGCGACCGCUGUGUCCAAAAACGUUCCUGGCGUUCCUACUCCCCCUAGUGGUGAUUGCAGGAGCUACGCCCUCUUCGGCAUCAGUCUGAGCCAGAGGAGGAAGAGGGGGGAGGAAGGACAGCGACGGACCGAGCCCGGCCUAUCCCGUGGCUUCACCAAAAUGGUGACGUCGGUCAUCGCGGCAUUCGCCCUCUGCUGGGCGCCCUAUCACGUGUUCUGCCUCAUCGAGGUCGCCGCCCAAUACUGGCAGCUCCAGGUCGCGUUGGUGGAGGUGGGGUUGCCCAUGGCGACAUUCUUUGCCUUCCUGAACCCGGUGUACGUGUUCAGCUGUCCCAACUUCUGCGUCCGGAUCAGACAGAGUCUGGGGGAGCUGAUGGAGGGACUGGUCGAGGAGGGAGGGAUGGGGGGGAGCAGGGGAGGGGGUGCUGGAGUUGAGUAUCAGGAAGGGGAGGAGGAGAAUGGGGGUGAACUCACUGUCGUCACCAAACUGUCUGGGGACUCCGGGGUCUCCGGGGAUCCAUCUGGAGAGACCAGAGUCACCAGCCCCCAGUUAUCUAUCCAUGAAGAGUUAUCUAUGGCUAACCCUUCUGUAUUCAAGGAGGGAGACUUAACUAAAGAAGAGGACAUCAGGACAGGAGAGGUGGUCUGUGAUGUCUGUGAGGUCAAAGCUGUGAAGUCCUGUCUGACCUGCAACCAGUGCUACUGUGAGACCCACGUUAGGAAGCACUACACAGUACCUAAACUACAGAGACACACCCUGGUGGAGGUGACUGGAGACCUGGAGGAGAGACUCUGUCAGGAGCACCACAGAGCUCUGGAGGUGUUCUGCAGGACAGACCAGAAGCUGAUCUGCAGUCUGUGUGUAGUAACAGAACACAAAGGACAUGAUGUAGUCUAUGAAGAGAUAAAACAAGCAGGAAGACAGACUCAAGGUGAAGAGCAACAUCAAAACCAGGUUUUAAAUGAAGAGGUCCAAGCACCAGGUGACUUGAAGGUAGACCAGCUGAAACCUACCUCCCUCACCAUUAGUUGGAGUAAGGCUCACGGAAUGGAGCAAAUCCCACAUCACUUCCUCAUCAGGGUAGCCAGAGGCCUAGAAGGAUCCAAAAUCCAAACCCAAAUAACUGAUCCCCAAGAAGAGUACACUGAAUACUGCCACAGAAAAUGUUGUGACCUGCAACCUGGUACUGAAUACACUGUCAGUGUCUCAACUGUGCUGAAGAAUGGGGAACAGAGUGAACCUGUUUCUACAACCAUCUGCACAAAUGGAAAUUACCAGUUUUGA